AUGUCUCUUGUGACCGAUUCAGCGCAACGAGUUAUUGAUAUUGUGGCGUUCCAACACGUUGGUUUGGAAGCAACUGUGGCUCCCAAGUCCACCCGCAAACAGGGCAACUAUGAACCAUGUGGAAUCUCAAGGGUAAUUCAUGCCGAAGGAAGACCGAAGCCUGAUGGAGAAACACAAUCUUUAGAUCUCACAUCUGUAUGGCCGGAAUGGAAAGCCAGGGAUAAUGCAUGUGCACUUGUCUGGCUUAAAAUGGACUCCUCUUCAUUGACGCUAAUCCCGAAGGACGUAAUCCAGGCCCUCGAGGGAGUAAGCGAGCUGAUCAAGGACAACAUGUUUGAAGAAGAUCAAAGGAUUUGCAGUAGUCGGACUGAGGAACAUUCCAGACGUGGCGCCAAAACACAUCCUAUUAUCACCAUCACAGCAGAAAUGAAGUGGUUGCCUCUUUUUACCGCUUUAGCAUACUCUGCUUUGGGAAUUCGUGCUGAAGGUGGGCCGGCCGCGGCGGCGCUUGAUGGAGAAAUCAAGGAGGCAAAUGUCACAACCAUAUGGUCGGACUGGAAAGACGGGGACAAGCGUGCUUGGUUGGCUGCAAACGGAAUCCUCAGUCCCGACGUUCAGUUGGAAGAAGAGGAAACGGGCUCAGAUGGACUAAACAAGUUGAUGGAGAAUUACUUCUUUGAAGAAGAUCAGACGGUUUAUAGUACUUGGUCCGAGGAAGAACUCCAAAUGUGGCUCAUAUCUAGACGUUUUGUACCACGGGACGAGGCUCGUAGUCUUGGCCGUUCUGACUUGAUCGAACGGGUUGGCGCGAACUACCUCGCUUCUGAGAUGAGCAGUUGUCAUGGGUGGACGCCGGCUGAAGCACGCGAGUGGCUGCAGCAAAACGGACAUGCGGAAGAAGCCGAGGCCGCGACGGAUAAAGAUAUCUUCGAGGUGAUGAUGAAGUACUUUAAGAAAGGCAGCGACGCAACGGCCGAAUUUAUGGUUUGGCCCGAUUCGAGGCUUAGAGCAUUUUUGAGGGCGAGAGGCGUGAAGGAGCCGAAAGUAGGGAAGAGACAAAGGCCAGAUUUAGUGCACAUGGUCCGCGUGAGGUCCAAGCAAAAGCCUACAACAACGGAGGAUUUGGUGAAACAACUCAAGAAUGUACUCGAUAGCGGGGCAGACUGGUCGGAGGAGCAAUUAGUAUCGGCACUGGCAAUAUUGGGAGGAAACAAGCACAGAGGGCCGGGCAAAGCUUUACGUGAGGCAUCCAGAUUCCAAAGGACAGCGGACAACUUGAAAAAGAACACUGAAGAAGAAAAAAUGAGACAACAUACUGAGAGAGACGAGUUGUAG